AUCAUAAAGGAAGUCUGCAGUCCUAUUUUCCUCAGAGGUGCCAGUCUCCAGCCAGCCACGGCCCUCAAGAAAACAUGCAACCUUACAAAAGCACAAGCUGGAGAAAACCUUUCCCCACAAGGUCCGAUGACAAGGAUAUCCAGCACAACGAGUGGUACGUUGGAGAAUACAGUCGCCAGGCAGUAGAAGAGGCAUUAAUGAAGGAGAACCAGGAUGGUACUUUCUUGGUCCGAGACUGUUCCACAAAAUCCAGGAAGGAACCCUAUGUUUUGGUGGUGUUUUACGGGAACAGAGUAUACAAUGUGAAAAUCCGCUUCCUGGAGAGGAAUCAGCAGUUUGCCCUGGGGACAGGACUCAGAGGAAAUGAGAAGUUUGAUUCAGUGGAAGACAUCAUCGAACACUACAAGUAUUUUCCUAUCGUACUAAUUGACGGGAAAGAUAAAACUGGGCUCCACAGGGAAGAGUGCUACCUCACUCAACCACUCCUGCUGACCAGACACUUCUCACCUCUGUAGUCUGGGCUUUGUUUUAUCUUUGGUUUAGUGGAUUUCAUGCUUCUAUCAUUUU